AAAAAAAUGGAGGAUUAGAGCGAGAUUGCGGGAAGUUGGAGACCGAGAGGAGGGGUCACACAGUAGAAUGCCGAGGGCGAAUCAAAUCUUCCGCAAGGCUCGUAAAGCCCUCCAUGAUCUGGACCUGCUCAAGAUCUUGCAAUCCGAGAUCACCCACGAGCUUUCUUCCACUCGAUUUCAGAGCGACGAAAGUGGCUGUUCCAGAGAUUUCGUGGUGGAACAUGACUCGCCCAAGUCCCAAGACGUGGUUUUACGGAGGAAAUUGGAGUCCGGUGAGGAGGUUGCUGUCUCUGCCCUGUCGGGUCCUCUCAGAUUCGGAAGAGAAGGUGCGUUUCCGAGGGAGAUUUUGAUGAAGAUUUGUGUGAGUAAGCCCGGAGUUGGCUCCAUUUUGCAGUUUGAUUGUGGGGUUUCAGAGGAUCAUCAUGGUGGGUCUCCGUUCAAAAUCUACAAUGCAUAUUAUCUCCAAUCGUCGGCUAAUUUGGGUUCUUCUGUUUAUAGAGGCCCUUUUUUCAGCUCAUUAGAUCCUCGGUUACAAGACGCGCUCAAGGACUACCUAAUCAGUAGAGGCGUUGAAGAAAGUCUCACCAACUUCCUUCUACUUCACGUGCAUAAAAAAGAGCAAGGUCAGUACUUGAACUGGUUGCAAAACCUCGAGUCAUUGGUAGCGAAAGGGCAACCGAACGAACUUUAACGAGUUCACAUUGUACCCCGGGGGCCGUUAUCUCUUUACUAGCAAUCACCCUUUACCUCAUUUUCAUAUGGGAAGAUAAUGCCAAAUUUUAAAGGCAGGUUUUGAUCAUUUAGAUUAAUUGCUGCAGGAUAGCGUCUUUCUUUCUGCUGGCAUUUUGUGUUUUUGGAAAUGUAUCCUGUGGAACAUUUAGCUUGAUUUGUUUGUCAACAAAACAAUAAUUUAGUUCUCAUUCGUUAUUUGGUUUGAACCCGAGAAUUGAAAUGUCGAUUUUGUCGAUAA